UCGUGGCACUGUCUAGAUAUCGUUGACUUUACCAACCCGCUCUCUUUUUCGCUAUGGCAGGGAAGUCCAAAGCAAGAACCAUCAUAGUGCGACUCAUAUCCACCGCACAAACUGGGUUUUUCUACACAACCCAACGCUUGCGUCAAGGGCCAAAACUGGCGGCAGUGAAGUACGAUCCUAAAGUUAAGGCACGCGUGUUGUUCGUCGAGAGCAAGAAAACGAAGAAAGGAUAGAUUGCAAACCACAUACUAUGUUCAGCCAUUUUGGCAACUCAUAGAACGGCCCUCAGAGGAGGCGACGGCGGUAUGGAUGCGUACAGUAUUAAUGCUAAUGGCUCUUCCUGGGGCUUCCUUAUGAAAUCUCGAGCCUGUACUUCAACUUCAUACCGUUGAUGUACAUUUUGCGAAGAAAAACACGCCCCUUGUCGUGGAACAAAUAAGAACGAAUAAUCCUUAUAUUCUUAGAGCCAGCAAUAAAUAGUGGAGUAGAGUGGGG